AUGGGGAAAAAAUACUUUGGCCUCUCGGGCCAAGCCCUCAACUGGGCUAUUGGGGCUGUGGCAGGGUGCGAUUUCCUGCUCUUUGGUUACGAUCAGGGUGUCAUGGGUGGCAUCCUCACACUGCCUAUCUUCCUCGAACAGUUCCCGUCUAUCAACGAUUCCGCUGAGGGUCUGACACCCACGGAAAAGUCCAACAGAUCAACGUAUCAAGGCAUUGCCGUUGCCUCAUACAAUCUGGGCUGCUUUCUUGGCGCAGUCAUCACCAUCUUCAUUGGUAACCCUCUUGGUCGCAAGCGCAUGAUUUUCCUUGGCACCGCUAUCAUGGUGGUUGGAGCGGCUCUUCAGGCGUCUGCUUUCUCUCUCGAACACUUCAUCAUCGGACGUAUCAUUACUGGGCUGGGUAACGGUGGAAACACGUCUACAGUACCCAUGUGGCAAUCCGAGACCUGCUCAGCACAUAAACGAGGCAAGCUUGUCAUGAUCGAAGGUGCACUCAUCACUGGUGGCAUCAUGAUUUCGUACUGGGUUGACCUCGGCUUAUCCUUUGCGCCCGGUUCUGUGGCGUGGAGAUUCCCGCUGGCUUUCCAGAUCGUUUUCUGCAUCUUCAUCUUGUCAUUCGUCAUGGGUUUACCCGAGUCUCCCAGAUGGCUGAUUCUCAAGGGUCGCGACGAGGAAGCUCGUGAAGUAAUUGCAGCAAUUGCCGAAGUUGAAAGCGACGACAAGUACGUGGACAACGAGUUCCGCGCCAUCAAAGAGACGGUCGCAGAGAUGAGCAAGGGGUCCUUUUCUGAUUGCUUUGCUCGGGAUAAUAACCGAACUCUGCAUCGUACCAUUAUUGCCUACGUCAAUCAGAUGUUCCAGCAAAUCUCAGGCAUCAACCUCAUCACUUACUACGCUGCAACUAUCUAUCGUCGUCUGGGAAUGUCACCCUUCCUUUCUCGUCUUCUCGCUGCGUUGAAUGGUACUGAGUACUUCAUCGCAUCUUGGCCAGCGGUGUUUUUGGUAGAACGCGUUGGUCGUCGAAAGCUCAUGUUGUUUGGCGCUGCCGGUCAAGCCGGAACCAUGGCUAUUCUCGCAGGUGUCGGCUCACAGGAAAACAACAAAGCUUGCCAAAUUGCCGGUAUCGUGUUUCUUUUCGUUUUCAACACUUUCUUCGCCGUGGGUUGGCUCGGCAUGACCUGGCUGUACCCAGCAGAGAUUACUCCCCUUCGUACCCGUGCCCCAGCAAAUGCCUUGUCUACCUCUUCCAACUGGAUCUUCAAUUUCAUGGUCGUGAUGAUCACGCCGGUAUCCUUCACCAAUAUCAAAUACCAUACUUACACCAUUUUCGCCAUUAUCAAUGCUAUCAUGGUUCCUUCCGUCUACUUUUUCUUCCCAGAGACUGCUUACAGAUCUCUUGAGGAAAUGGACACCAUUUUCCACAAGGUGAAGGGUUGGAAGGGUGCCUUCACUGUCGUGCACCAAGCUGAAAUUGAACCUCGUCGCUACGGCAAGCAUGGAGAGUUGCUCAUUGCGGUUGACGAAGUCGACGAGAAGGACAAUGUGGAACAUCGCAAUGGCAGUUCUAGCGAGACUAGCACUGACGCGAAUAACGGCAUGUUUACCAACACGGACGAAGAAACGCAACGUCGUGGUGGCUAA